AUGCGCCAACCACCGAGUGGAGGCCCUCAGCUCCCCAAAGCACUGAGGGACCAAAUCGGAGAUACUGCAACUGCAAAGAAACGCGCCCCUUCGCGACAUUACAAACCUCUCACACGUAAAGACAUCCGGAAAGCAGAACGACAGGCCAAAAAGAUUCAGAAGCCCACCCAGCCAAAGUUUGCCCGGAGUAGUCAGAACGCACCUCGACAGCGACCCGAACAACAGCGCGAUACCGAGUCAUCAUCGGACGAGGAAGACAGUCCAAGGCCAGCAGUACCACCUUCAACUCAAGAUAUUGAUACAAAGGGGAUAAGUCAGAAGCCAUCCAAAAAGGCGAUCCAGGACAAUACAAAAUCAGAUAGGAACAGCCCCAAAAUCUCGCGGGCCGUUAAAGAUCGUCUUGCACAGGACGACGCCGAGAUCUCUGCGCUCGAAAAGAGGUUGGGCAUCAGGGGUAAAAAGAAGUCCAAACAUCUCGAUGAUGGCUUGGACGAUGUAUUGGGUGAUUUAGGGGGCUUGGACAGUGAGGAUGAAGAGAAUUUUACCCACCAAAAGUCGAAGCGGAAGAGGGACGACGAUGACGAUUGGUUAGCAAGUAAACGCCAGAGAGCUUUGGGCAAACCUGCCCGAGUGUCAGCAGAGCAGGAAGAUUCAACGUCUGACGAGGAGCUGGAGCUGGAUGAUCAGUAUUCGGACGAAGAGUCAGACAUCAGUGGAGCAUCGAAUGCCGAUGGGGACUCGAAUGAAAUUGACCUCGGUUCGAGCGACGCCUCCGAUUUCGAAGGCUUCGAUGCCGAACCCAAAGAUGCAAUUGGCGCACCACGUGUCAAGGAGAACCCCUACGUGGCACCCGUCGCGGCCAAUGCACCUCAACCUGGCAAAUAUAUUCCUCCCGCUCUAAGAGCACCACCCUCAUCCGAUGUGGAGGCGCUAUCACGUCUUCGCAGACAGAUACAAGGUCUUCUCAACAGGCUUUCCGAUGCCAAUAUCAUGACUAUACUGCGCGACGUUGAAGCAGUAUACCAGAAUAACCCCCGUGGAUACGUGACUUCAACAUUGAUUGAUUUGCUCGUAGGGCUACUGGCCGACGAGACAGUUCUUUUGGAUACCUUCUUGAUUCUCCAUGCGGGAUUCAUCGCUGCUGUAUACAAGGUUAUUGGUCCUGAUUUUGGAGCACAGAUGUUAGAACGUAUUGUAUCCGAAUUCGACCGGAACUAUCAGCGAAACAAAGAUGGGCAAGGGAAGCAGACAACAAAUCUUGUGUCAGUUUUAGCAGAACUUUACUGCUUUCAGGCAAUUGGGAGCAAACUCAUUUUCGACUACCUCCGACUAUUCUUGGAUGAAAUGUCGGAGAUCCACACGGAAUUAAUAUUGAGGAUCGUUCGAGUGGCUGGAUCGCAGCUCCGACAAGACGAUCCAAGCUCAUUGAAGGAUAUUGUGCUGCUAAUCCAGAAGCUGGUGACGAAGGUUGGGGAAGGCACUUUAUCGGUCCGGACGAAAUUCAUGAUCGAGACCAUCAACGACCUGAAGAACAACAAGAUGAAAACCGGCAUCACUGCCUCGGCCGUGGCCAGCGAACACGUUGUGAGGAUGAAGAAGCAAUUGGGGACGUUGAACAGCCAUAACCUCAAAGGAUCGGAACCAUUACGUAUAGGCCUCAAGGACAUCAAGGACACGGAAAAGAAAGGCAAGUGGUGGCUGGUGGGAGCAAGCUGGCGCAACGAUGCUGCUGAAGCCGAGGACCCAUUGCCAAAACGGACAGAGACACAUACUGGAGAAACGGAUCUCAACGAGCAAACAGGCGAAGUGGAUCUCUUCCAGUUAGCAAGGGAACAGCGCAUGAAUACCGAUAUACGAAGAGCGAUUUUCAUCACCAUCAUGUCGGCAAGUGACUACAAGGAUGCACAUGUCCGCCUGUUGAAGUUGAACCUGAAGAAGGCUCAAGAAACCGAAAUACCGCGUGUCAUUGUGCACUGUGCAGGGUGCGAAAGCACCUACAAUCCUUAUUAUACCCUGCUCGCUCAGAAAUUCUGCUUGGACCACAAGUCAAGGAAGUGCUUUCAGUUCGCGCUGUGGGACGUGUUCAAAAGUCUAGGCGAAAGAAAAGACGGUGACGACGACAGCUCGGACGACGAGGAGCAAGGUGGUGAGGUAACAGGCGAUGUUUCGUUGCGAAAGUUGGUUAACCUCGGUAAGCUGUACGGUACGCUGAUGGCGAAGGACGCGCUAUCCAUUACAACUCUGAAACCGUUGAACUUUCCCUACAUAAAGGCCAAGACCAACAGACUUGUGGAAAUCAUGUUGGUAACGGCGAUUCUUGAAUCGCAGAGAAAAGUCAAAGGGAAGAAAGACAAGGAACAGAAGCGGGACGAGAAAGCGGUGCUGAACGUCUUCAUCAAUGUGGAUGGCAGUCCAGAGAUGAUUGCAGGGUUGCAGUAUUUUAUGAAGAAGGUGGUGGGCAAGACGGAGAUCACGGCAAACAAACGAGAGAAGGAGACGAUCAAGUGGGCAUGUAAGAUUGUGACGGACUUGCUAGAAAGGCUGAUGAUGGCCACAACGACAUUGGAUGAGGAUUGA